UCAUGACUUUCAGUGUGUUCUAUGAGUUAUUUUGUUCAGUUCCAGGUUGUAGCCCUUCGAAUCGUGAGAAGGUUUACCUCAGUAUAGCCCUGCGCUUGGCGUAGUAGCUGUAGGCUCCCAUUGCUUGUUAGCCACGUUAGCAUCCAGUGCAGAACGAAAAACCUCAAACACUAAACGUGAUGAUCAUGUUUCAGGUGAGGACGUCGUGUACGUUUUAUUUUAGUCCCGUGUGUUCUGAGCGACUUUUGUUUUUUAAGGGACGUGACCGGAUUAAAUGUCAUGUAUACACCUCCCACACACACACUACAACAAACCCCCCCCCCCUUUUUUUUUUCUGGUUGAGGGAAUAAGAGAGUGGUGUUGAAAUGUGUGUGAAGCAGAUCGGACCUUCGCUCUCAGAACCACCGUCUCGUCCAUCAGCGCCAACGGAGUCAUGCUCGAGCUGAAGAACUCAGAGCAGCCGCCGCCGUAUGAAGCGGACAUUCCUGAACCCACGACCAGAGAGGAGCUGAUUAAAUACUGGAUUCCUCUCUCUCUGGACGACAGAACGGCUCAGAAGCUGCUCUGGAUCUCGGAGGGCGGGGCUAAAGUGUCCAGGAUGUCCGAGCAGCCGUGUCCCGUACUGGACCGACCCGAAAGAUACGAGCACGCUCCUCAGGUGGUGUGUAAGGAGGGUCUUCUGGGUCGCCGUGGUUACUGGGAGGUGGAGUACGAAGGCUGGGUGGUGAUCGGCGUGGUGUACGCCGGCAGUGGGCGCAAAGCUAAAGACGGGGCGUGCGGCCUGGGCGAGAACGAGGCGUCGUGGGCCGUGGGCUGGGGCGGAUCUCAUUACCAAGCCUGGCACGCCGGAGACAGCGUGGAGAUCCACGGUAACCGCGGCAACACCAUCGGCGUCUACGUGGACCAACCGGCCGGCGUCGUCGCCUUCUACCUGGUGGAGGGAGAGCCGAGAGAGGCGAGACUCCUGCACCGCUACAAAACCUGCUUCGAGGACGAGCUCCUGCCCGGAGUCUGGGUGGGACAGAAAUCCUCGUGCCGGAUCCGAAAGAAAGAUUAGCACGGAUUACGACCUAUGAAAUGCGAUGAUUUACGUCAGUGGCGUGACGUUAGAAAUCCUCUCCCCUCGUAUGCAUCCUCCUGUGUGUAGAAUGUUCUGGAAAACUUCUUUUAUGAUCAAAAUAAAGUGUGAUGUUCCUACCCCGGCUCCGUUCCUCACACGCUGAACUCUGAUUGGUCCAGGAGGUGUUUCUCUAACGGCGGAUCAGACCGUACUGGGUUUAUUUCCAGUUAACGCGCUCCUUCUAAACGAUACCGUUUCUAUAGUAACGGCUCGUUCACGCAGCUCGUCUAACGUUUACGGAAGGAGUCUCCAGUGUCGGAGAACAGAGGUGUUUGGUUCCUCUUCCUGAGGUUUUAUUAACUAAACGACGGCGCGUCCUGCCUUUUAUCCGUUUAUCGUUACGUCAAAAAACGCUUCCGGCUUCACGUCCCGGCGCUGGAGACUCCUUCCCGUAUUCCCUAAAUGUUCACCGAAAACCAUGAAGGAGCGGUUACUAUAGAAACGAUAACGUAGUAACGAUUUCGAGCUGCGGUACUUCGUAGAAAAAGGUCUCGACCCCUCCGGACCAAUCCGAAUCGAGCACGCCCGUACCGUCAACACCGAAGAAACGAUAUACACUUUUUUUUUUUUUUUUGGUUCAACAACAAAUGAUCAGUUUUAUUCAAAACAUUUGUUUAAACACUGAACACAUGGUGUGAAAUGUGCAAGACUGACAUCAUCAUCAUCAUCUUCAGUCAGAACACAGAUGUUGCACUACACCGUCAUCGUUUUAGCGCGAAAUUCCCCUGGGAACCCGGAGCGUAGUGUCACUUUCUACAGAACGUAGUGUUUAUUAACCUCCGCGAGCUCCUUUAGCCCUCCUUCGAUGUCGGCGUGUAAAUUAGCUUCAUACGGCAUCGGCUCCGGCCGACCCUCUUAGUGUUGCUCACGUACGACGGCUUGAAAGGUCACGUGACCGGAAGCAAGGCGUGGACAAUGAGACCGACCUGAAAUCCAGUUUAGUUUAGCGACAGGACUGCUAACAACGAAGCAAGCAAACAUCCAGCUCGCAUUACACGAGUUUUUAUUUUUUUUG